AGCACAACACCGUUACCGCAGACUGAUUAUUUAUUGCUGUGGAAAUUUCCAUCAUUGCGGAAGUCAUUUCACGAGAUACGUAUCUGUAGAGAUGUGAUAUCCAUUAAUGGGUCGAAGGCCUUCGCGCGAUAUUGCAGCGCGUUUAACAUAAGUGUGAACAAUUUGUGCAGUUGUCGGUGGCCUCGACUUGUGUGUGCAUCGACCCUCGCGUCCUCCCACCGACUCCUGGGGACAGGAGUGGGUCGUGUCGAGCAGGAUCUCGCUUCCUUCCUUCAAGGAAUGAACGGGUCCAGAUGAGAUGGAGCAUGCGGAAGUCACCGGGAGCAGCAAUGUGGGAGUCAAGGAGGCCGAGAUGGGAGGACCGGAGGGUAGUGACAGUGGGGUGGAAGUGAACGGGAGUGCAAUGGGUGGGAUGGGAGGUGACGUGACACCGGCAGCCUCCUGUGACUCUAGUCUAGUCAGCUGCUGCUACUCCUCGGAGGACCUAGUCAGCAACACCCUCCAAUUGUUGGAUGACCUCUCGUUGUCUGCUGGGGACGGCACGAGCGAGGGUGGAAGUGAGAGCUCUUCUGUCGCAGGGUACCACCAGCCGAGGUUGUCUUCCUCAGGAGGAGUGCGAAAAAAGUGUCCCUUAACGCGAACACCUUCCACUAACCGUCCUUCACCGUCCCCCAACCUUUCCUCCAGAUCGAAAACUCCUCUGAGCUGUAGAGAAAGAGUCCCCUCGGGUAAAACCACUUCUUCCAAAACAACACCUAAGUCACUUCAUUCGUCUAGAGCAAUAACCACCCCCAGUACAACCCCUAGAAGUCAUAGAGAUACGUCUGAUAGUUCCACUAGUCGAAAAACUGUUGCCAGAGUUCCUUCUGCGAGUAGAACAAAAACCACAAAUGGUUCAUCACCUACCGAUGACGGUAGGUGGCCGUCCACUGUGAACAAAAUAGCACAAAAGUGUCGUCCAUUAGUUAACGAUAAGAAAAACACCCCGAUGAACUCUUCGGUCACUUCUGUAGAAAGUAAAGCGACUGCCUUAGAAAAGUAUGCGACGUUACCCAGACGCAGGAGGAAAUCCGCAGAUAACCUUACUCUGAGUGAACCGCUUUCUAGUAGGGAACCUAGUCUUAACCGUACAGCGAGUUUGCGCAAGAAACAGAACCCAAUGGUGUCUUCGGCAAAUGCGGCAAUGCUGCAGCCUUUGACGUCUCCCAGCCCCAAGACCAUGCCUCCUUACCCCAGGAAGUCAAGAAUGACCAAGACCAGGAUCUACCACGAGGUCAGCAUCCAGACAUCACUCACUGGUGCAGACUUGGAAAAUGGUUUAGGCAGUCCGUUACUGAAGGAUGUACACUCCAGAGUGGAAACUCGCAAUUGCGGAGUUCAGGUGGAGAGAGGUAUGAGGAGGAUAGAGCAGCUGGAGACCCAGCUGAAGGAGUGCAAACUGCAGUUGUCAAGGCUGGCGGAGGAGCGAGAAGAGAUCAGCAAGACUUGUGAUCAAAUGAGAACUCAGCAGCUGACUAGAGACGCAGAGACCAUCAGGCUUAAGACUCUUAUCAUUGGGAAACAUGACCCCGAUGAUGUGGUGGGCCAGCUGGAGCAGCAAGUGCUGAGUACCAACUCUCUCAUCUCUCAGCAACAGGAAGAGAUUGGCAAGCUACACAGCAUCUGCCACACUCUGCAGAGGGAGUUGGAGAAAAGCUACUCAGCGCAGAAAAUGAUGCUGAAGCAGCAGGAGGAGAUGGAGGCCGAGUCAGCAGAACUGCAGGAGUUCCUGCAGGCAGAGAAGGCGGCCCUGGCUGAUACCUUGCGGGACCUGGAGAAUGAGUUGGCUGAAGCGAGACUGAACGUGGCAGCCAAGGAGGCGGAGUUACAGAGGCAGCAGGAGGAGUGCUCCCACCUGGUCCGCAUCAGCGAGCAGAGGAGACAAGAGCAGCUGUCGCUGGAGGCACGGCUGGCAGGGAUGGAGCUGCGGAGCCGAGAGUCACUACUACAGCAAGGAGCAGCUGUGUCUGGAGCCUCGGUUGCUCUGUCCAGGCUAGGCACUCGGCUUGACAACCUGGUGGAGGCGCUGGUCUCUACUUACAACAUCUCGGAACAUGACCUUGAGGAUGUGAUAUUCCACAACGAGGCAUAUAGCCAGAGCAGUAGCAGUCCCAGCAGCAGCGCCGACACCAGUCCUGAGCAUCAGCAUCAGAGCGCAACAGCUGGCUUCAUGUCUGCCGUGCUCAACGCUAUCCGCACAGCCACAUCAUCUCGGCUCCCCAACACUGAACCCUCAUCAGACGCUGAACCCAUGUUGUCUUCGGAACCGGAGCCCUUCUGCGUUCGGUGUCCACCGUCCAAACAUAGCGAGUUUGAAAGUGAAGCCUGUGGUGGUCGGUUAGAGAACAGCGAGUCACUACACAACUUGUCGCUCGCUAUUCUUCGCAGACAGCAGCUGGAAGCUGAGGAACCCAUGGCCCUUCCCCCCGUGCCGGCCCACACUCUUGUUGAUCAGGUUAUAGAGGUUGAUAACCUUGUUACUCGCCUGCUCAAGGUCAUCCGCAUAGUCCCAACAAGCCAAUGAUAAUUCUGCACUUCAGGAAAGG